CUGUUAUAGUCUUAUAACCUACAUCUCAAUCUCCCCAGGGGCUGCACCACAUCCACAAGAACCGGGCCGUUCAUAGAGACAUCAAGAGCCUGAACAUCAUGCUCACAGAGACGGCCAAAGUGAAGACCAUCGACUUUGGAAACAGCUGGGACCUGGACCCCCAGACUGGAUUGUGCCACGAAGCAGACGGGACUGCACAUUGGAUGGCACCCGAGGCCAUAAGGCAGAAGGGCCAGCGCCUGGCGUACGACACCAAAUGUGACAUCUGGUCGCUGGGCAUAACCGCCAUCGAAAUGGCCGAGGGAAAACCACCAUACGCAGAUGAAUACCCGGUGGAGCACCUGAUUAGAGAAGCCCAACCACCGAGGCUUCAAUCAAACAACUGGUGAGUCGGUCCCAGCUCGUGUCACUGUACAUUGUACCUGCGCUUGCAGACAUGGAACUCCCCACAUUUUCUUAUUAACACUUGUUGGCAACUCCUAUAUCCACUUCCACAGUCUGCCCUCACCAUGCCCCUUGUCUGUACAAAUUUGGGAUAAUGGGGAGAUUUCAGGGGGAUGUGUAUGUUAUUUAAAUACCUCCUAAAUAUAAAUAGAGGGUUUUCUACUGCAGACUUUAAAUGUGUCCCAUGAGAUGCAGGCAGGGAUAUGUGUGUUUUCAGGGAAAUAUAGAUGAAUGCAGAGUGGAUAUGAUCUAUUUUAUGUAUAUAAUCAGUGUCUAUGUCUCAGGGGCAUAACAGUAUAACUAUGGGCCCCACUACUGUGAGAUUACAGGCCAUGUGCACUAUGGUGCAGUCAGGAGAGGGUGUGGGAAAAUCACAGGACCUUACCUUGUCCCUCUUAGCCUUAUAGACAUGUAGAUAUAGCACUGAUAUC